AAAUAAACGCAAAGUGUCCAAGGUCGCACCUUUAAGAUUCAAGCUGACGAACCGGCCAGAAAACCAUACCCGUUUCUGCACUGCUAACUGAAAAUGGGUUUCUACGGAUAAACCCCAAAACCUCGGAUGAAAAAGCAUCCUAAAACCAUGCUCUGUUCAAAUAGCUCAAAGCCUCAGACUGAUACACAGACAGAGCUGCUUUGCCAUUGUUGACUUCUUCUCUGUCUGUCAUAUUCAAUUUCCAAUUCUAUACUCUUCAAUGGACCUUACAGUCACAUACAGACCGAACCCACUUCUCUUCUCUUCUGCUCCACUCGCCAAGGAUGCUCAUACUUCAAUCCUCUUCAAGCUGCCCAGGAAACAAAGACCCAAAGUUUCCCCCCACAAACCAGUCUUUCGUGUUCUAGCUUCCGCAAAUGCAAAUGGGUCUGAUGGGUUUUCUUGGUCGAGUCUGGCUCGCUCAGUUCAGCAAGGUACAGUGCGUUUCUGGUCCAAUUUUGGGGAGUCGUUGAAGAAGGAUACUGGGUUUGAUUUGGAAGAUGCCAAUGUGAAGGUAGGUGGGUUUGUUGGAAGAGUUAGGGAAAGAGUGGAGAAGAGUGGGGUUGUGUUGGAACGGUUUAGGAGUGAUGCGGUGCCCGAGUUUGUUAGCUGGAACCAGUGGCAACGUUGGAAGGAUGUCAAGUCAUGGGAUUCUAAACGAAUUGCAGCGCUAUUUCUCUAUAUUUUUUUUGCCAUACUUUCUUCUCAAAGGAUAUAUGCAGCAAUUCGGGCUCCUUACCUAGAUCGUCAAAGAAAAGAGUUAACUGAGGCUUAUAUGGAGGCAUUGAUUCCUGAGCCAUCUCCUACUAAUAUUAGAAAGUUAAAGAAGAGUAUGUGGAGGAAGACAACACCUAAAGGCCUGAAAAUGAAGAAGUUUAUUGAAAGGCCUGAUGGAACACUUGUUCAUGAUAGUUCUUAUGUGGGAGAGGAUGCAUGGGUUGAUGAUCAAAAGCUGCCUCAGGAAAAUGUGAAACAAAUUGUUGACAGUGAUGUAAAAUUAAAUGCCGAGGAAAAGGAGGAACUUAAAAAAGAAUUGGGGAUUUCAGGUAAGGCUCAAGAAGGUGGAGGAACAUGGCGUGAAAGACUUCAGACAUGGAAGGAGGUCCUCCAAAAGGAAAAGUUAGCUGAGCAGGUAGAUUCUCAGAAUGCUAAGUAUGUAGUUGAAUUUGACAUGAAUGAGGUUGAAAAGAGUCUUCGCAAAGAUGUGGUGGAAAAGGUGGCAGAGACACAGGGAACUAGGGCAUUAUGGAUAGCGAAGAGAUGGUGGCUCUAUCGUCCUCAACUUCCCUACUCUUAUUUUCUUGAAAAGCUUGAUUGCUCUGAGGUUGCUGCUGUUGUCUUUACGGAGGACCUAAAAAGACUAUAUGUGACCAUGAAAGAAGGUUUUCCACUAGAAUAUGUUGUUGAUAUUCCCCUUGAUCCUUACUUGUUUGAGAUUAUUUCAAGUUCUGGAGUUGAAGUAGAUCUUCUUCAGAAACGGCAGAUCCAUUACUUUAUGAAAGUUGUAAUUGCAUUAGUGCCUGGACUACUGAUUCUUUGGCUCAUAAGGGAAUCAGUGAUGCUUCUGCACAUAACGUCGAAGCGUUUUCUUUAUAAGAAGUAUAAUCAACUUUUUGAUAUGGCGUAUGCAGAAAAUUUCAUCCUGCCAGUUGGAGAUGUUGGUGAAACUAAAUCCAUGUAUAAGGAAGUAGUAUUAGGUGGUGAUGUUUGGGAUCUUCUUGAUGAGCUGAUGAUCUAUAUGGGAAAUCCAAUGCAGUACUAUGAAAGAGGCGUGCAGUUUGUUCGGGGUGUUCUUCUUUCUGGACCUCCUGGAACUGGAAAAACACUAUUUGCAAGGACACUUGCAAAGGAAAGUGGGUUGCCCUUUGUUUUUGCUUCUGGUGCUGAAUUUACAGAUAGUGAAAAAAGUGGUGCUGCAAGAAUCAAUGAGAUGUUUUCUAUUGCAAGAAGAAACGCUCCUUCAUUUGUAUUUGUGGAUGAAAUUGAUGCAAUAGCUGGAAGGCAUGCAAGAAAGGAUCCUAGAAGGAGGGCAACAUUUGAGGCUCUGAUAGCACAGCUUGAUGGGGAGAAGGAAAAAACUGGUGUAGAUAGGUUCUCACUAAGACAAGCUGUGAUAUUCAUAUGUGCAACAAAUAGACCAGACGAACUGGAUUUGGAAUUUGUUCGUCCUGGUCGGAUUGACCGUCGUUUGUACAUUGGUUUGCCUGAUGCUAAACAAAGAGUGCAGAUUUUUGGUGUUCACAGUGCAGGAAAGCAGCUUGCUGAAGAUGUUGACUUUGGAAAACUUGUCUUCCGCACAGUUGGCUUUUCUGGGGCAGACAUUCGAAAUCUUGUCAAUGAAGCAGCAAUCAUGUCGGUGAGAAAAGGACAUUCCAAGAUCUACCAGCAAGAUGUCAGUGAUGUAUUAGAUAAACAGUUACUUGAGGGUAUGGGAGUACUUCUCACUGAAGAAGAGCAACAAAAAUGCGAAGAAAGUGUAUCAUUUGAAAAGAAGAAGCUGCUGGCUGUACAUGAAGCUGGUCACAUAGUAUUAGCUCAUUUGUUUCCUCAAUAUGAUUGGCAUGCUUUCUCUCAGCUCCUGCCUGGUGGCAAGGAAACUGCAAUUUCUGUUUUUUAUCCGCGAGAAGAUACGGUAGACCAAGGUUAUACUACCUUUGGCUACAUGAAGAUGCAAAUGGUGGUAGCCCAUGGUGGGACUUGCGCUGAGCGUGUUGUAUUUGGAAAUGAUAUAACUGAUGGAGGAAGGGAUGAUCUAGAGAAAAUAACAAAGAUUGCUAGAGAGAUGGUAAUCAGCCCUCAAAACCCAAGGCUGGGGCUUACUGCUUUAACAAAGAGAAUUGGACUGGUGGAUAGACCAGAUAAUCCAGAUGGCGAGUUGAUAAGAUACAGAUGGGAUGACCCUCAUGUGAUUCCUGCCAAUAUGACGCCUGAAGUGUCUGAGCUAUUUACUCGAGAGUUGACAAGGUAUAUCGAAGAAACAGAAGAACUUGCGAUGAAUGGUUUGAUGAACAAUAGGCACAUAUUGGAUGUGAUUUCACUGAAACUAUUGGAGAAUUCUAGGAUUACUGGAUUGGAGGUCGAAGAGAUAAUGAAGGGACUUUCUCCUGUGAUGUUUGAGGAUUUUGUUAAGCCAUUCCAGAUAAACUUGGACGAGGAUGGGCCAUUGCCACAUAAAGACCAGUUGCGGUAUCAACCAUUAGACAUAUAUCCUGCACCACUCCACAGAUGUUAAAAACCUUUCAAGUAAAUGAUCAUCUCAAAAUGUCUCUGUUUCAUAGCAUUAACAACUGAUGCUUCAGCGUGGUGAAUAGUUUGGGAAACAUUUUACUGCUCAGAUCCGUAGUGAAACCAAACAGGCAGGAUGUUCAUGGCCAUUUUAGGAGAGUUUUGUUGCAUUUAUUGAACCCAUUCGAUGGUAAGCCUAAAUAUUUUCAAGAGGUUCUGCAUUCUGGGGAGUUUACAUUUGAAGAUCCCAGGGCAUUUCAGCGGAUGAACGUUGGAUAUGGCUACUCUACUGUGCUUGAAUUUUCUAGCCAGAAUUGGAGAAAGAGAGAGUGGGGAAAGUCCAUUCCCAUGUAGAAGGAAUGGUUUUGUAUUUUCAGAUGCGACUCGCUAACAUGCGUCCUGCCAUUUUUGCACAUAGGAGAGAUUUUUUCCCUUUUCUUCCCCCACCUCAAUCUCUCUCUUCCCUUUUGUAAUUGCAAACUAUUACUUUAUUUACUAUGAAAUAUUGCCAAUCUGCAUGCAAGCAUGCAUGCAUGUCCAAGAGCAAAAAUCUUUUUGUACACUAAAA